AUGGAGUUCUUAGACGAGGACGCUAGACCUCGAUUCCUCUUUCAAUCUCGCCCACUAACCGAUACACAAACCCAAAAAAAACCACAUAACAAAUUGUUUCUCUUCCUUUCAAUCUCUCUUUCUUCCCUUUUAUUGCUUCUCUCAUUUCUCUAUCUCCAAACAGAACCAAUCAGAUCCCUCUUCUUCUGGGUCUCAAUCUCUCUCCUUGUCGGCCCUUUCGCUCCCUGUCACCUCACUGGAGGUGACAUUCGUGUCGGUCAAGGCCCAAUCCUCGAACCCCUUGAACAAGAACCCGAAAUCGUAGAAGAAAGACAAGCUAGAAAAAAGAGAUCAAAACCGAUUAGAUCUGAAGAAACUGUGAAGAAUCCGAUUCAAAAUGUGGAGAUAACAAACGGGUUGUCGAGUAAAGGGAAAAAGGUUGAAACUUUGGCUAGUAGUGAAAAUGGGUUGGUGAGAAAUGAGGGAGAGAAGGAGUGGAAUGAAGAGGAUGUGGAGAUUCUGAAGAAGCAAAUGUUGAAGAAUCCCGUAGGAAAGCCACGGAGAUGGGAGGUGAUUGCUGAGACAUUUAAUGGGAGGCAUAGAGUGGAGAGUGUGAUAAAGAAAGCUAAAGAAUUGGGAGAGAAGAAGAUGGAUGAUAGUGAUUCCUAUGCGAGAUUUUUGAAGAAUCGGAAACCAUUGGAUACAAGAGCUCAAGGUGAGGAUGAAGGAUUAGAGAGUGCUGAAAGUAGGCAGGCGGAUGGUGGUGCAGUGGGGUGGAGCACAGGAGAGGAUCUUGCAUUGUUAAAUGCAUUGAAAGCAUUUCCUAAGGAUGUGGCAAUGAGGUGGGAAAAGAUUGCAGCUGCUGUUCCAGGGAAGUCAAAGGCAGCUUGUAUGAAAAGAGUCACUGAAUUGAAAAGGGAUUUUCGGAGCUCGAAAGCUGAUGCUGAGAGUUAG